CGGCUCCGGCUCCAUCCUCUCAGGAGGAGUGAGAGGAGACAGACAAGCGACCGCCGACAACAGAACAGCGCUACUAACUAGUGUCGGAACCGCCCGGUGCCUGUCCGUACCUUUGAACUCACCCACCAUGACGCUGUUAGCUGCGCGUUUAGCGAAAGGCAUGUUAUCGACCGAGGAGCGGAAGUGAGAAAGGGGGGGAACUUUUCAGGAGAUUAAACCCAUUAAAGAGGGUUUAUUCGGACAAGUUUAAAUAGUCUUGUUAUUUAUUUCUGGAAGACGGUGGGAUUCAGAGUCUCGGACAUGAUGGACACGCACGUUAAGGAGGGACAACUUUAUGUGCAGCACCUAAAGUUCGGAAAGAAAUGGAAGAAGAACUGGUUUGUGCUCUACCCCGCCAGCCAAAACGGCAUCGCCCGUCUAGAGUUCUUUGAUUCGCCUUCAGGCUCCAGUGGCUCCAUUGGUGGCUCAGGAGGCUCCUCCAACGAGAAAACCAGAAAGCUGGACAAGAAGAUCAUUCGCCUAUCAGAGUGCAUCUCCAUCCUACCUGCUCUGACUGAGACCUGCCCCAAAGAAAACAUGGCAGCGUUUUGCGUGGAAACAAACGACAAGAUGCACGUGUUUGCUGCUGAAAAGACCAUGGCCAAGGAUUGGAUGGACACCAUGUGUGACAUUGCGUUUCAGGGUGGUAGCAGGAGCAGCAAUGUGUCCGACUGUAACGGAGGGCCUCCUGAUUUGCAGAUGUCUGAAAAUCUAAUCUACUACUCCAGAGAGGAGGUAAACGAGUUCUGGGUGACCAUCCAACGUACCGAGGCGUCAGAGCGUUGCGGCCUGACGGGGAGCUACUGGCUGAAAGCAGAAAGUGACGUGUUGAUCCUAAAGGAGCCGAAGACAAAGAGGAACAUCAUGGUUUGGCCCUACAAGCUGCUGAGAAGAUACGGCAGGGAUCGGUUGAUGUUCUCUUUCGAAGCUGGACGCCGUUGCGACUCUGGUCCCGGUAGCUUCACCUUCGAGACCAAACAAGGCAAUGAGAUUUUCACGCUAGUGGACCAGGCUAUCCAGUCGCAGAAAGCUCUGUCUGAGGAGCGCCACCUCAGCUGCCCUCACAACUUUGACUCCGACUGCCCCUCGUCACUGCAGCACAUACUGAACGCCUUUCCCAGCGGUGUGACUUCAGUAAGCGGGGACAGCAGCAGCUGCAGCAGUAGGGAAGCGGACGGAGACUCUGGUGGUAGUAAACCAGGCUCGGCUGAUGGCGUUCUCGGGAAGAGAGAAUGGGGUGAUGGAGCAGGGUCUGGUGGAAGGGGGCAAGGACACGGACAGAAAGGGAGGAGUUUACCAGAGCCCCCAGUGAUGUUGGGGGUCUUGGGAGGAAACGGGACACCUCCACGGUCUCCAAGAGGCAAAGUUGAUGAAAAUGCAGGCUUUUACUCUGAGCCGGCAGAUUCAGUUCGUCUUCCUUUGGACAGCCCUGACUGUCUCUAUUCAGACCCAGUGGACAGCAUUAAAGUUCAGAACCAAACCCCCAGCCCAUGCACACCCCCGGUGCCAACCCCGCGCCAUCGAUCAGCUGCAGAUGACGUGUCUGGUGUCCAAGGAGACCAUCAUAGGGUAAACAACCACAGAAAGGUACCAGACCUGUAUUCACACGUGUAUGACCAGAUUGGCCAGGACCUAAACGAGAAAACAAGUGCUCUGAACCUGAAUGGAGGAGGAAAAGGUGCUGCAAGAGGGAUGAAGAAUAAGAGGCCCACAGGAGGGAAAGCAGACGGGACUUCAUCUCAACCUCCUCCGUCUUUGGAUCACAUAUACGAUGAACCGGAGGGCUGCGCCAAAGGGAGCAGAAUACCGACGAGUAUUUAUGACGAGGCUCGUUUGGAGCCUCCCAGUCAGAAGAGGCAGGAAGAGGUGGGGCUUCUGUCAGGACCAGAGGGGCCCCAAAGACAGUCCCCAUUUCAGUCAGGCACAAAUCGUGGAACACCGCAGCCUCCGGCGCCAAGGUGGCCCAAACCUGCCACUGCCCCCAAGCCGAACAAGGGCGCUUUUGCUCGGAAGGAUCCGGUGCCACUGCCUGCAGGAAAAAAUGGGGCUCCUACUAGUAACGUAAACAACAACAACAACCAGUGGAGCUCAGGAGGAGGGGGGAUGGAGGUAUACAGCAAAGUGUCUAAGCAGAAGCCUCCACCUGCUAAUCUGUGGUUCAAACCGAACCAAAAGCCACCAAUAAAAUCACCAGAUAUCAUUUAUGACAACCUGGGAGACAUUUGACUUUGCUCUGGACCUAAACAGACUAAACAAAUGUUUAUUCUUGUUCUCUGAAACUAGAGGAAGAAGGAGCUGUUUGCUUCGUUAGCUCCUUCCUGUUUCACGCUAACUCCAUCUGCAGACUGCAAUAAUUAUCCAGGGCCGGUGGAUUAGCUCACGGCUCGGAGAAAACCACACAGUGGUUGCCAUUUGAAACGUGGAGCGUAACCGCCGCUGGGCCACCCUGUGUGCGUGGUGGAAGGAGGAAAAGUGUUUGCACGGUCAAACCCAUAAUUGUCGUAGCGAGCCACAGCGCGGCUGGAGCCAGCCACUUCACACACAAGCACAGCAAACAGAGGGAUUGGCCUUCCUCUUAACAGGCUGAGAGAGCGGCUUGCCUUCCUUUUCUUGACUCUGGUUCAUGUUUUUGCUCUGUGUUGGUGAACUAUAAAAUGUAAAAUAUGAUGGCCAGGAGCCAUUGUUGGACAGGACUGGAGUGUUUGGAUAUGAUCCUGUAUUUUUUUGUUUGUUUUGUUUCUUUGGCUGAUUAAAGCAGACAUAGAUGUGUUUUUAAGCCUUGAGCCCCUAAAUCCAUACAAAAGAAGCUUGACAUGAAGUUUUAGAACCAGUUCAGGAUUCUGGAGAAACAUGAAGUGGGUCAGAUGGGUUUAAGUGGCUGAGCAACCUUCUGCACAUAAUAUUUUUAAAAUUCUGAAUUUGUACAUAAACAGGUGAACUAAUCCAUCCUGUAAGGUGUGUAUGUCACAAGCAGCUGCGCUGUCUGUAAAUCUAUAAGAUAAGAAUAAAAAUGGCUCUAAAAGUUAA